AUGCUCGCUGGAGAGCAUGUGUGCUCCUACCACAUCGGCAUUGUCUUGUUCGUUACAGCUGCAGGUGGACCAGGACCGUGUGAGUAUCGUCCGUCGCUCUGUGCCAGAAGUAUUCAAUAUCCUGCUAGCUGCGACCGUUUUGCAAUCGUCAAAUGGUUUCAAACGCUCCUUAUCGUCAUCCCUGCCGAGACUGUGCUCGUCUUUCGGAUGCACGCUCUGACUGGACGGAAUAUAUUCAUCAUGGCGUUCCUGGUUAGCACGAUGAUAGUCCAGUGCUGUGUGGUGUUCUAUGCCAUGUCGCGGCCGGGAAAAAAUCGCGCCCUUGAAACACCAGACCAUCUCGCGGACGCAUACCAUAUAUGUAUUCUUUUCUCCGAACCCAAGAUGGACACGGCCUACCUUGGAGUCUCCAUCCUCUUCGACUUUACGGUCUUCUUCUUGACCAUCCUUCGUACCAUUAAUUUUCGGACGAAGAAGUUACCCAAGACCACCUUGCUCCAGACGAUACUUCGCGAUGGGGCAUUUUAUUUUGCCGUCAUCCUUUCUGGGAACAUCGUCUGGAUGGUCUGCGCUCUUGCGGGUCGGCGCGGGAUAAAACUGAUAAACGCGCAGCCUAGCAUGAUUCUCACAUCCAUCAUGAUAACGCGUCUCACCCUCUCCCUGCGGAGUGCCGGUCAUUUCAGUGGAACUGCCCUCCAAUACGAGUGGCCGAAGGAGCUGGUGACUACUGCCACUACCGAAGAGGUGGAACUUGGUGAACGACAGGUCGGGAAUAUGCGCGGCUCAAACGAGCUGGGGAUGAGUGUCGUGCGACCGUUCAGCAUGCAGGCGAAUACAUAUCGAAUACAGUGA